UUCAUUCUAAAAUGAUGCACAACAAUCCUUUGUAUCAAGUUUAGUUUACACAUCAGAAACCCUGCUUCUAGCACUCAGCUAGCGGAAAAUGGCCAUGAACCCGAGUUGGAGGCUUGUCAUUGCUGCAUUACUAGUGCUGGAAAUGUGGAGUUCUCAGGGCACAGCCCGUACACUGCCUGAUGCAGCAACGGUUCAGGAACAUGAGCAAUGGAUGGCACAAUUUGGACGUGUCUACAAAGAUGAAGCUGAGAAGUCCAAGAGAUUCAGAAUAUUCAAGGAAAAUGUGGAGUACAUCCGGUCAUUUAAUGAGGCUGCGGCUCGUCCUUACAGGCUUGCCAUAAACAAAUUUGCUGAUUUGACAAACGAGGAAUUUGUGGCAUCGCGAAAUGGAUACAAGAUGGGAUCUUACAUGAAGUCGACUAAGGUUUCAUCGUUCCGGUAUGCAAAUGUUAGUGCAGUUCCAGCCAGCAUGGACUGGAGACAGAAAGGAGCUGUUACUGGUGUCAAGGACCAGGGCCAAUGUGGAUGCUGCUGGGCAUUUUCAGCUGUUGCAGCCACUGAAGGAAUCAAUCAGCUGACAACAGGGAAACUGAUUUCUUUAUCUGAACAAGAACUUGUGGAUUGCGACACAAGUGAAGAUGAGGGCUGCAACGGUGGUCUCAUGGAUGAUGCAUUUGAGUUCAUUAUCAGUAACGGUGGCAUCACAACAGAAUCCAACUACCCUUACGAGGGAGUUGAUGGCACCUGCAACAGUAAGAAGGAAUCAUCCCAUGCAGCCAAGAUUACAGGGUACGAGGAUGUUCCGGCCAACAGUGAGCCUGCAUUGCUGAAAGCUGUGGCUAACCAACCAGUAUCCGUUGCCAUCGACGCUAGUGGAUCUGACUUCCAGUUCUACUCGAGCGGAGUUUUCACAGGAGAGUGUGGAACUGAGCUGGACCAUGGUGUCACUGCAGUUGGCUAUGGGAAAACUAGUGAUGGAACCAAGUACUGGCUGGUGAAGAACUCAUGGGGAAGUAGCUGGGGUGAGAAUGGAUAUAUUAGAAUGCAAAGGGAUAUUGAUGCUGCAGAAGGCCUCUGUGGCAUUGCCAUGCAAGCUUCUUACCCAACUGCUUAAAAUUCUUGAAACCUUGGAUUGUACAAGCUCCCAUGUUAAGACACUCCUGUCCUUAGAAUGUGUGUGUAUACAUACGUGUAAAUUACUUUUCGGUUCCAAGAAUUGCUUGCAAACAAAGGCCUCAAUAUCCAAAUUAUUCUAG